UUUUUUUUUUUUUUUUUUUUUUUUACUCUCUUUUUACGUAUAAAACUAAUCUCGCAUUGACUUACUUCGUAGCCAAAAAGAACAAUAAUGCCAUGACAGCAAAGGCACACGAAACAAACAUAACUAUUAAACAAAGAGUCCCAGUCAAAUCAAUAAGAAUCGAACGAGAUUAUUCUAAAGCAGAUGGUAUAACACGAUUCUCCACAGAAUAUCCAGCUGAGUUGGAGGGCAAGAUCAGUGUGCAAGAGUUUGCUCAUACAAUAAACGAAAUUAAUAAAUAUAUGGAUUAUGCCGACAGAAUAUCAUGGCGUAUUGUUCUUGAAAAUAUAAUGGAGAUAUUGACCAUAUAUAUAUCGCCUAUUUUUAUAUCUACCCAUUAUCAAAGAGCAGUUAGACAAUUACUCUUGUUUAUCGAGUCUGAGAAUUCAAACAUUUACUAUCCUCAAUCAUUAUCUAUAUCUGAUCCUGUAAAAGCUGCAUUUCUUUUUAUUGAAAUCAACUAUUACGAUUGAAGAAAAAAGCAUACCCCUCUUCCCCCUCCCUCUACACGUACACACAAUAGCAUAACACUACAAUUUAUAUAAUAACAUCACCGACUAAUAAACCAGCCCAUUCCCACCCAUACGACUUCACAACGAAUUGUCGUCACUGAAUAAGGCUAUUCUUAUAAUACACA